UUUUCUUCAGCUGUAAAAGUAUAAAAUCUAUUCUUCUUACACACACUUUUUUAUUAUUAUUAUCCCCUUAUUAUAUUUAUAUUAUAUAAUGGAUAAUGCAAAUAAUGAUUUUAUUAGUGCUUUAACACAAAUGAUUGCUUCUGAAUUUCCUCUAAUAUUAUCACUUAUUUUCGGUGGAUGUUGUAGCAAUGUAUUCGCCUUAGAAGUGCUUGUAACUGAUGCACCAACAAGUGGUCAACUUAUUACUUUUGGACAAUUUCUUUUUGUGUCAUUAGAAGGCUUAAGACAUCAACUUACUUGGGGUCGAUUUGGCCCUAAAUUAAAACCUACCAUUGUUCCCAUUCGAAAAUGGCUUUUCUUGGUCAUCAUGUUCUUUAUUGUUUCACUUUUGAACAACUUAGCUUUAGGAUAUAAUAUUUCUGUUCCAUUACAUAUUAUUUUUAGAUCGGGUGGAUUAAUUGUAAAUAUGAUUUUGGGCGCAUUGAUUUUGAAAAAAAAAUAUUCUUUGGGCCAAAUUCUAGGUGUUUUAUUUGUUACUGCAGGUGUUAUUUGGGCUACUUUAGAUAAUGCUUCUUCUAG